AUGCCUCGUGAUGCCGGCCCCCGCAAGCCCACCCUCAAGCAGCUGGCGAAGCAGAAAGCGAAGGACAUCAAGACCCGGGAGCGCAACGAGGCGACGUUCGCAUCCGCCGUUCAGCACUCCAAAAGCACCAUACUCGACGUGGACAUGCGGUUCAUUCAAGACACGCUGACCCAGAACCCGACUUGGAUUUCUCCACUCGCUGGUCUGAUCCGCUCGGGCUCGUUGAAUGGUCUUCUGAAGGACGUUGCCAAGAAGGAGGAGACCGGUGGACUGAGAUGGAAGGGCAAGUGCACCAAAUGGGGCAGUUUGCCGCUUGAGAUGGCGAGCUUAAUGCUCAAGCAUUGCGGUGUGGAGCUCGCGGAGGACGUACAGAAGGACGAACCCGUCGUACGGACCCUCUUCGAGAUCCAGUUCUGGGCAGCCAAGUCGGCGUCCUUGCCAUCUCGUGCGGACAUUCGCUAUCAGUCCACGUUGGUCAAGUUAGCGAGGGCCCGCAUGGAGGACGUUGGUCGCAACUACAUAGCUGCGGUGAACUCGGCGGAGGCUAUCAGUGUUGACCGGGACAGGUACAACAUCUGGUCACUUGAGAACAACACGUUGUACUGCCACGUCUUUGCCACACAAGAUGGACACCCUCGCCGUUCCCGCUCGGAGUUCGUACCCAACGAGUCGUACCUCAGCCACGAGCUUCCUACUCUCCCGGACAACAAGACGUGGCAAUUGGACGACCCUUUUGCGGUGGACUGUGUCAUUUCAGAUGGACAGCAUAACUCGUUGUUCAGUUUUGAAUGCGCGAGUUUCUUUCCUACUUUGCCGGACAUGAAGGCCAAGUGGACCUUCGACUUGUCGUCGGACGCAGACACCACGGACGCUCUGAAAAAAGAGAUCGAGUCGCACUUUCUCCAGAGUUCGUUCUCCCUCCUCAAGCAGCAGGAGCACGCUGCAAACGCCGAGAAGAAGGGCACCAAACGAAAGGCAUCCUCGCAGCAGAUGCAGGACGACAUGGAGGACGACAACGAGCAAGCGGACAAUGAGGAGCACACGGGUGACCAGAUGGAAGAGGUAGCAGCUGGACGAAGCACACGUUGUACAGACACACGUUGUACAGAGUUUGCCACGUCGAGCUUUGCAACGAUUGUUCUUUUGCAUCAAUGGCACCAGGGUAUGCGCAAAGAUGCCAAAUGGAAGAAGCCGGCAGAGGAGGUAUCCAAGCUGGCCGGGGAGUUGCUUCAAGGCCUCGCUUCCUUGUUCCUGCAGACCCCGCAGGACUUCUCAUUCACGUGGGACGGAAACACUCUGGUGCUGCCGUUCAAAGGAGGUUCGCUGGACGUGGACGAGGUUGUACUGCAAAACAGUUUACUUGCUAAAGUACUACACCGCGAUCGUUCCCGAUUCAUGGACGUGCUGCAGGAUGUGAAUGUGGACUGCACCCGUCGGACAAUUGGAGACACUCGCAAGUCAUCUAGUUUGAGGACGAAGUACUACUUGUUGGCGGCUUUGGCACGUGCCAUGGAUUCGUCGGACGACACGCAUUCCUGCUGGACAUCUUUGAAUGUGAAGCAAGUGAUGCAGCUUAGGAGCACCUCCGGAUAUCGUCGGUCGUCCACGAGUUUUCGACAAGAGGUUGCGAGUUCAUCGAAUGCCACACGCAGGACACUUACCUCCACAUUGCAAGGACAUGCGUUCACCGUGCAGGACAGCAGCGAACAGCAGGACGAACAAAAGAUCAAGAAGCACGCUUCUAUGGACGCACACAGGCUAGCACGCAUGGAGCGAUACGCCUAUGUCACGCAGGGCAAGUCAGAUUUCCUCUCGACGGACAUUUUGUGCGUGGUGGUCCAGAAAUCGUCCGUCUUGUCGGCUGAGCAGUGGAAAGCUAUGUGGAACAAGGCUUCCAAGAAGUUCCUCGGGAUCGAGAAACCCGUUGGACCUGGUCAUGCGGAGGACCGGCUGGCCACACUGUCUUGGAUGCAGGACAUAAACCACGGCUUGCGACCCAUUGGCUGGACUUUUGGCUGCUGCCAGAGCACGCCGGCCGGCCCCGCGGAGGACGACACGAAGGCUAAACGUGCACCGAUCAUGAUUUUGUGCACCGACCAAGAAGCAACACAGCUGGCGGCUGUCUCCUUCUUGAGGAACAAAAAGAGCCUCUGGAUCGAACACGUCUCGGACCCCGCCCACAGGUCGCACAACGACGUGGCUUUGGCCUUGUCGGCCGCUGGACUCCUGAAGUUCUGCACGUGCAUCUCGCUGUACAACAUCAGGUAUGGACCCUGGCAGAAGGGCUCGUGGGCGUUGAAGAUCCAGCAAGCCGCAAAUCGCAUGAAGGACAACAUGGACCCCUCGGACCCGAUAUUGCUCCUUUUCUUCCCGGACAUUCUGCUGGACGCCGGCCUCUCCCCCCUGGACGACAACACGGAGGAGAAACGCAGGUCGUUUUUGCAGACAUUACCCGACAUGGACUGCAUCCGCAUCAAGGGCACGAAGGCCAGCAAGAGUCGGUUCAAUUCCCUGACGACGGCCCACAGCGCGCUGGACAAAGAGUGGUCGGUCUUGGCUUUAGUUCUCACGGUGGUCUGCUUGGAGCACAACUGGGCAGUUUCCACUAAGGACCUCUUCUCGCAGGACAGCAACCAGGCCCGUGCCUCGGUUCCAUAUGGUGGAAGCAAGUCUUCUGCCAUACAGGAGGCCAAGCAAGGCAUGGACCAGGAGCGGAAGGGCAGCGCGAACAGUCUACACUUAAUGACGAAGUUCGUGAUCUCGCAGGACAACAAGACGACAGCCAGGAUGAUGUUCCAGGUCUUGCAACCCGAAGAGCUUCGUUGUUCGCUCAUGCUCAAGCAGCUGCGUUCCAAAGGCAUGACGAAGGACUACUACUCUGGCUGGGCACACUGGUCUUGGAUGAGCACUGCAAAGGACCACGUCAGGACUUUGUCGAAUUUGGAAGGUUUAUCUCGUGUCGGCCUCGACCUGACACUGGCACGCGCACAACCCCCGGAGGAGACAGAGCUUGUCUGGCAGGACUCGCUCGCAGGCCAAAUGACGCAGUUGACACUACAGAUCCUGCGGCUGCGGGCCGGGGCACAGCUGUACCAUACUGGAGGUUUCGGUGCGACCGCAGGACUAGUCCAUGCUGAAGAGCAGUUCCGUCGGGCAAGCUUGGAUUUUUUCAAAGAGAUGCAGUCUUGUAUCCAGGACACGCACAGUGGUGGUUCUCGUAUGGCAAAAAAAUUGCUCGAAGGUCAUUUCUCCCAAGGGCCGAUUAGUCGGUACAUCCUCGCCGAUCUUUGCACUACCCGGUUUCAGAGCCUUACGGAGGACGUUGCACACGUAUUGACCAGCAUUUGGUCGGGCCUCUUGAACACGAAGAUCAUCGAAGACUGUAAUAAAGUCCAGCGCGAGGCCGAGCAACGACAUUCGUCUUCGAAGGACUUGGGUCGUUUGGACGGAUGGAAGGCUGUGACCCAACAGGCCGUGGUCAAGAUGUACGAGAGGGUGGAGGCACUGUCAACGGAGCUCUACCACACGCCGGCAGCGUUUGACGUGGCCAAACUUUUCUGCAAAGACACCGAGAAGAAGAAGAUUCAAGCAGUUCGUCGUCGUUCCGAUUCGUCGGUCAGCACGCAGGUCAGUGCCUCGGAGGUGCAGGAAGCACAGCUUCUUGCAGACGUGACGAAGACGAGGGACUGGGUCUCCCACAACCACGCCGAGGAACAGGAGGUUUUGGCUGCCUUCAGUUUACUGAUGAAGGCGUGGAGGGCCAAGCGAUGGUCGCUUUGUGAAGAAGGUUGGUGCUCUGGACUUUUGCCCGAAGGACAUGUUGUACUGGCAGGUGCAGACCCGUUGUUCAUCGUUCGGACAUACCGUUUGGCUGCACUCGCAUGGCCCGGCAAGAUCGUUAAGGACAAGGACCAUGAGUUUUUCGAAUUCAACAUGGGCGUUCGGUCUCUCUUUUGGAUGCACAGCACAUCUUUGGACUUGGAAGUGUUGCGGCUGCGAGUUGUUUCACCUCUGCGUGCCUCGGCUGCAGUACAGUUGAACAUUGUCAGCCCGACACGGACAUUCUCUACAUAUAUAUUCGUCCUAUAA